AUGGUCCAAGCAACGGGCGAAGAGCGCGCUGUUCACCUGGCACGGGAGGCUGUCGAGCUGUUUGACGCUGGCCACCGCGAGGCUGCAUCUCGCAAUCUUAGAGAAGCGCUCUCUAUUACGAAGGACAAUCCCAAUGUGAAAGCCGCCUUUCUCAAAAUCCAGCAAGAAGAAGAAAGUGGCCACCCGCUCCUUGACCUCUGCCGCCGUUUCACAGCCCGCAAGGACGAGACUGCCGGAAAGGAAGCCGCCGCAUAUCUCCGCACAGAUAGUUUGAAGCCUCCAGAGAAUGUUGCAUUGGAGUCGUUGAAAUUACUGUUGGACCAGCGGGCGCAUACCCUCUCAGAGCUCCAGGAUGAAAUUAUCUCGGGGCUCGUCCGUCAAAACGUCAGCGUGCGCCAGUACUUUUCCAAUCAGCUCCAGGUGUCCGUGACUACUUUCUUUGACGAGAUCUACGACCGUGGCGAUGGUGCAGCGGUCUGCCUAGACACGGUGGUUUUGGACCCCAAUGUCUGGCCGUCUGAGGAUAUGCGUUCACACUGCGAGAGUGAGCUCUUCCAGCUUUUCUUGGCUAAAUUGAUGGAAUCUGGCCAUGAUUUGGAUGGCCGCUCUUUGAAGGGUAUUACUCGACUUCUUGCGGUGGACGCCGACCGCCUGCAACAUUUGGUCGAUGACGAAGGAUUCGAGGUCAUUUUGACAUCGCUCGACAAUCGACUCCCGCUUGAGUUGCGUAGCCAAGCUACUUUGGCGACCGCAAAAUACCUAGAGGUGGCGAAAGAAACUGGCGAGAGGCAAUUCUCGGCUUUGGUUACCGCGAUGAUUGGCAAGGGCCGUUUGAACGACCUGAUCAUUGCGUUCUCUGCGGUGGCUGCUGUCUUCCCAGUCGUUCCCACUGCAGCGGCUGGUGUCUUCUUGUCCGACGAUUUCAUGCAAGCAUUGAAGCCGUUGGCGACCCGAGACGCGCCGCGCAAGAAGGUGGAAGUCUCUAUACUAGAGCUGCUUAAUGCAGCAUGCAUUAACCGCCCCUGCCGGGAAGCGGUUACCAAAAACUUCUCCGAAUGGCUUUCACAUACCCUGACGAACGGCAGUGAUGAAGGCUCAGAGCUGGCAGCGGUGGUUUUGGCGAAGAUUCGUACUUCCGAAGCCACCCAGUCCUCUGCCAAAAACGGUGAGCUCCAGGAGGAACACACGGGAGUCACUGAUUUGGUGCAACGUUUCAAGGGACUAAUGUCUGAACCCAAGGUUGAAAAUAUUGCCCAUGCGAUUGAGGGCUUGGCCUACUCAUCCGUGCAGCCUUCUGUCAAGGAGCAGCUUGCGAAGGACCCUACGUUUAUGCGCGGUUUGAUUAGCGUUUUGAAGCAACAUGCAACCGACUCCUCCGUGCUCUACGGCGGCUUGAUGAUCAUCCUGAACCUCAUCAAAUUCCUUCCAAGACUUUCCGACGAACAAAAGAAGAUGUCGCAGCUGAAGAAUUACGCGGACGCUUCUACCGGCAAGGCGCAGGCUCCCACCGACCCCCGGGACGAAGACGAUGCAGUCCUGGAACGCUGUGGUAUUGUUAUUGAUGCGGGUGCCAUGGCUCUCUUGGUGGAAGGUGGCCGAGUUGCUUUGCCUUCAACCAACGACCUCACCGCUAAGAUACUGUUGGCCCUGGCACGGCGGCCGAAAUCACGAGGCACUCUGGCUCAACAAGGUGCCAUCAAACUUCUACUGGGUCUUUCCAUUCCCAAGCAAGGCCAAUCUGCUGUUCACUCCGAGACAACUCACAAUGCGUCGCAUGCGCUGGCUCGAAUUCUGAUUUCCGUCGACCCUUCACAUGUCUUUCCGUCGACUGGAUUCCCUCAGGCGACCUCUCCCGUACGCCCUUUGCUUUCUCUCCUAGCGUCACCCGAGGGUGCUACAAUCUCUGUGGACCAACCCCGCGACCUCCUGCCUAUAUUUGAAAGCUUGCUUGCCCUCACCAACCUUGCCUCCUAUCCCCGUGAUGACUCCCCCGCUGAAUUGAUUGUGCGAGAAGGUUGGUCGGUCAUCGAAGAACUCCUCUUGUCCAGUAACUCUCGUGUGCAGCGGGCUGCCUGCGAGCUGGUCUGUAACCUGAUGACCUGUGAAUCCGGCAUCAUCAAAUUCGCUGAUGCCACCAAGCGGGCCUCGCAGCGACUUCACAUUAUACUUGCGCUCACCGACGCGGACGACUCGGCCACUCGGCGAGCAGCGGGUGGCGCGAUUGCCAUGCUGACCGAGUAUGAUGCGGCAGUGGCGGCAGUGUUGGAGCGACCGCACGGGGUGGAGUUGUUGCUGGGCCUGUGCCAGGAAGAUGACGAUGAUCUGGUUCACCGGGGUGUUGUCUGUGUGUACAACCUCACCACGGCGUCUGGUGACAUGGGAGCUCGUGCGAGAGCUGCCGUUCAAACUGCCGGGGGCAUCGAUGUCUUAACCACGUGCCUCAAGAAAACGUCCAACUCGGCGGUGUUACAGACCGGCGUGGAGGCAUUGAAGCCGCUUGUGCAACCACAGUCGUGA